AUGGGCGUCCCGGAUGCCAACACAGCCCGGCUCAACCAGGCUGGUGGCGGAAUGGCAGGGCGGGGUGGCAUCAAUGCUCCCAACGCUCACGUCUUUGGGCGGACCUUUAGAGGAUGGGCCGGCAGCACGGGGGUUCAAGGUGGCUCAGAGAGUGAUUCGUCUGGGGAUGAUGGUCCCGGUGGUACAUGGGGUGGAGCACGUACGCGCGGCAUGCCUGGCACGGACGCUUUUCAGUUUGGGGGGGCUGGUUUGGGUGUCGGAAGUGGGACAGGGUUCGGGGUGUUUGGGCCAAAUGGCAGCAGAGGCUUUGGCAAUGGCCGGAGUGAAGGGGGCUCAAGGUCUGCUGCAACAAGAACACGGUUCGGGUUGGAGAGUGGACAGGGUGUCGGUGGUAGUAGCAGCGCGCAUGGUGGCGGUGAUGGAGGCCCCAUUGCAGGGGUUGAGAUGCCUUAUUCUAGCAGACAGCGCCAUGGGGAGAACGAGCUAGGAGGCACUGGCAUCGACGGUUUGGCUCCCGGCGGCGUUGGGUUGGGAACGCAGGAGAGUACGGUUGGAGUUGUAGGGCUUGGGGCGGGGGUCUCUAGCUGGAUGGUGGCGGUGAUGGAGGCCCCAUUGCAGGGGUUGAGAUGCCAUAUUCUAGCGGAGGCCAGCUUGGGGCGGGGGUCUCUUGCUGGAUUCGCUGGGGUUGGUAAUGGGACGCAAAUGGAGGGCGCAAGCACCGGACAGGGGGCUGGUGAAAUGUUUGGAGGGUUAGGGGCGCGACAUGAGUAUGGAGUGGGAGGGGGAGGGGGUGGAACAGGGACGAGACGUGCGGGCCGUGGGACAGGAUCUGGAGGAGUUAUGGGAGGUGUUGGCAUGUGUGUGGGGACUGCAGCAGGAAUGGGGGGCUUUGGCUUGGGUAUGGGUGCUCUAGCGGGAUCUGGUGGGCUGGGCAUGGGUGUGGGUGUUGGCCGUGGGUUGGGAUCUGGAGCAAGAGUUGGAGGGGUGGGCAUGGGGGCGGGGACUCCAGAAGGCAUGGGUGGCUUUGGCAUGGGGCCAUGGUUCGCUACAAACAUAGGGAGUGGCUUUCGUUAUGGCAGCGUGGGCAUGGGCCUUGGAAGCGGGGGACGCGACCGCGAUGAGGGUGUAGGUGCCAGGGUGGGUGUCGGUGCUGGGAGUACGGGACCUGCUAGAUGGUUUGCCGGAGAAGGUGGUGGUGGUGGAUCACCGAUUGGGGGUGUGGGCGCAGAUGGACGAAUCCUCGUCGCACCAGGUCGUGGUGAGGGUAGAGGUGCCGGGCGUGGUGCGGGGCAUGGAGCUGGAACUGGUCCAGGGCAUGGAGCUGGGAGUGCUGCUGUGAGCGGAGCGGAGACAUUUGCUGGGACAGGGGAUGGGCUCGGUGCUGGAAGAGGUGCUGGGAGUGUGGCUGGUCGUGGCGACAUGAGAGGAGCUGGGUGUGGUGCUGGGAGAGGAGCUCGGGGUGGUGCUGGGAGAGGUGGUAGGCGAGGUGCCGGGAGAGGUGCAGGGAGAGGUGCUGGGAGAGGUGAUGGGAGAGGUGCUGAGAGAGGUGCUGCUGUGAGUGGUGCUGGGAGUGGUGCUGUUGAGACUAGUGCCGGGCGUGGUGCUGCUGAGAGAGGUGCUGCUGGGCAUGGUGCUGGGAGUGGCCCUGCUGGGCAUGGUGCUGGGCGUGGUGCUAUUGGGCAGUGUGCUGGGAGUGGUGCUGGGAGUGGUGCUGCUGGGAGUGGUCAGCGGUGUUUGGAGCUGGGAGUGGUGCUGCUGGGGGUGGUGCUGGUCAUGGAUCUGGGAGUUGUGCGGGAUUGGGUAAGACGUGUUGUUCCUGUUGUGUAG